AUAUAAUUCGUAAUACAGUGGAAUUAAUUAGUUUAACCACAAUACUUAAGUUAAGAAGGAUACAUAAUAUAUGUGUAUAUGUGCAGGUUCUUCUAAGUAUUUAAUACACAUACACAAUAUUCAAUGAUAGUUCGUUCGGUAAACCUUAUAGCUAUGAGGUUCACUAAGGGAACUGUUUGUAAUGAACACAAAGUAGCCUGUAGGUCACUACGCAUCUAAUUGUAAUAAAUAAAAUAAAGGCCGCAAGAAUCCUAGUUCAAGGAAAAUACUGCACCGACGCGUUUCUACAAAUUGUAAUACACGGAACCCUGUCUGUCCUGCCAGUGUAGUUGUUGAGGUGUUUCCGAGAGCACGUGGAGUGAACAACAAUGUGUUGGCUGCCAAAGAUUCUGCUGACUGCGAUCUUGGCCGCGGCAGUUGCUUCUCCUGUUGAUGUUCGAACUCCGGAAGCACACAAAUCUACCGGUUCCCUGGUACACAAAAGUUCUCCUGACAUAUUACCAGUGAUAAGACAAGGCCCAGUCAUUGCUUGUAUUACGUGCGGAGUUAGUCACUGCCCGGCUGGUACUACUCCGGUAUGGGCUGGCUUUUUAAUAUGCAAGAAGAAAAGAAGUGGGAAAAAUGCGGAAGAGUUAAGUUAAAAGCCAAAUAAUAGUGACCCUUUUGAUUUGGGAACGCGCCGCCCCGCUGACGGUGCUUUCGAUCCUCGCUCCAGUGUGGCCAAGUCUUACUGUUCAAAUUAGCCAGUUAUUCGUAUGAGUCCUAGGUAUACCUACUAAUUGUGUAAUUGAAAUAAAAAAGUUGUAUUCAAUAAAAUAGUUUUAUUUCUAAUAAGGAAAACAACUAAGAUGUAUUUGGUAACUCCGAAUCACUUCUGAACGUCGCCUUAUUUCGAAAAUCAAAUAAUUACAUUACAUCAGAGUGCAUUUUCGGGAUUACAUUAAAAGCAGCGGAAUAACAAAAGCGUAAACUUCUGCUGGUGCUUAACAUUGAGUACCAAUAUCAAUGUAUAUGAUUAUGUACACAAUUUCCCAGAAAAACUAAACAUUUUUUACUUAGAAAACAAUUUUUUUUUUGCCUUUCAGCCAGUCCAAUGCAAUUCAUCCAACUCAUGCAUACGAGUGGUCUCAGAUAAGUAACCCCAGAAAAUGUAAUUGUUAAACUCUAUUAUAUACUAUGGUUAAUUGUUAUCAACUCUCAUAUUCAUAGCGUAUGAAUAAAGACAAUGAAAUAAAUAUAUAUGAUGAGCAACGAAAAUUACCGUUACGAUGAGUAAAACACCCAAUGCAGGAACCGCAGAGUAUAAAUGCAAGUAUUUAAUACGGUUCAUAUGUAGUUUUAUCAGUAAGGUGUUUCUAAAGGACGCCCCGAAAAAUGUGUCGGUGUCCGCUGCUGGUGUUUCUGUCGGCACUAGCACUGAGCUGGGCGGCUGCACAACCUGUAGAAGUCGAUAAAACUCCUUUUCACCCCGCCUCACUUAUUCUAAGCGUUGCUGCGCCUGCUGGACGCCAUGACACUUCCGAUGGCACUACUGAUCCUUUACCGAAAUGUCCGACCGACAAAAUCGCGGUAUCCGACGGACGGGGUGGGUUUAUCUGCAAGGACAAGAAACAUACUACCAGCGAUACCCCCGAAUUAAACAAUGUCCAUUAUAUUGAACGACGCGAAAUCGUCUUCCCACCUCUAUACAAAUGUCCUUCUGACAAGAUACCGGUACGUCUUCCGGACGGAACAUUUAUUUGCAAGGACAGGCAUCAAAAAGCAAUUGCUAGCGACAAUGUCGACAAAUGUCCACCUGGUAAGAUUCUAGUACCGCUCCCGAACGGAAGAUUUCUAUGCGAGAAUGACAAUAAAAAAGGCAUCGGUAACUACAGCGGCGAAAUAAACAAUGUCCGUAUUAGGCAACGUCACAGUAUCGGACGCCUCUGCCCUAGCUGUUCCUUAGCAAAAUGUCCGUCUGACAAGAUUAUGAAACGCUUUCCACAUGGAGGAUUCAUUUGCCUGGACAAGAGACAUAAACGCGGAGCCCGUUUUUAUUCCCCUGAUCUUGCACCCAAAUGUCCGUCCGAUAUGGCCAUUCUAGAACCCAUUCGGAACGGACGUUUUAUAUGCAAGAACAAGACACAAAAAGAAAUCCAUUCUUUACCUCAAAAUGAUAUCUUUGGACCUCUACAUAAAUGCCCAUCUGAUAAGGAGCCAGUAUAUCUUGGGAACGGUGUUUGGACAUGUAAGGAUAAGAAACAUGAGAUGCCGAGAAUAAGCCAAGAAAAAAAGGUUAAUAAUUAAGUGGCUGUGGCAAGAUUUCAUCUUUGGCUAUAUUUAAUUAUAGGUACUUAAUUGCAAACAUAUCUACUUAAA